AUGUUCUCUAUCCGCCAGGGUCUCCGCACUGCUUCGCGUCACGGUGUCCGUGCGCUCUCGACGCAGCCUGCCCGCGCCGCGCCGCGCUACGCCGGUGCCGCUGCUGCCGCUGCUGGUGUGGCUGCGUUCGCGCUUUACCAGGCUAACACUGCCGUCAAAAUGGAGGGCAAGCCCACCAUCGCCGGCGAGCACAAGACCGUCUCAGAGCGCUCGUUCAUCAUGAUCAAGCCUGACGGCGUUUCGCGCCAGCUUGUUGGCAAGAUCAUUGACAAGUUCGAGAGCCGUGGCUACAAGCUCGUCGCGCUCAAGACCGUCACUCCCUCCAAGGAGCUCGCGCAGGAGCACUACGCCGACCUCUCGUCGCGCCCCUUCUUCCCGGGACUUGUGGCGUACAUCACCUCGGGUGUCCCCGUCGUCGCCAUGGUCUGGGAGGGCAAGGACGUGAUCAAGCAGGGCCGCCGCAUUGUAGGCGCCACCAACCCGCUUGACGCCGACCCCGGAUCGGUCCGCGGCCAGUACGCCGUCAGCGUCGGCCGUAACCUCAUCCACGCGUCCGACUCGUUCGACUCGGCCACCAAGGAGAUCGGCCUCUGGUUCAAGGAGAACGAGCUCUCCCAGUACGAGCCCGCCGCUUGGGGCUGGAUCAUGGCCGACAACUAG